GAAGCUCCGAAGCGCAGCAAAAAUGACGAUAGUGGUAAUAAAACCCAUAUAUUUUCCCUCGCAAAAGCAUAUUAAUAUCUCGUCAUCAUUCAAUUUGUCGCCGUGCGUUCUUCCUUUCUUCUCUCCUCGGUCGGGCGGAAACCCUAACUAGCAGCGUAUUACUGAUGGCAAGCGGUACAAGGUAGAGCCAUGGUCGAACCAAAACCCGAACUCGCUCGGAGUCAUACCUACACUGCCGCGUCUGCGGCGGCGAUGCCCCAUCAGCGUUCUCCCAUCCCGGAACCUCCUCUGCUGGCGACCCCAUCGUCGUCGGCUUCGGGCCUCGCGGUCAAGGACUCCCGUGUCCGUGCCUUUUACGAGAUCCUCUCGCGGGUGCCUCCGGCGGAGGUGGAGUCGGUCCUCUCCCGCUGCGGCAUCACCCCGCUCCCCGAGCACGUGGACGUUGUCCUCCGCCUCUGCUACGCUUUCCCGGCCGCUGCCGUCAAGUUUUUUCGCUGGUCCGGCCUCUCCCUGAAGCACACCCAUUACGCCUGGAACCUGAUGGUCGACAUUCUCGGCAAGAACCGCAUGUUCGAGCCCAUGUGGGACGCUAUCCGCUCCAUGAAGCAGGAAGGCGCUCUCUCCAUCGCCACCUUCGCCUCCGCCUUCGGCUCCUAUUGCGCCGCCGGCCUGAUCAAGGAGGCCGUCAUGACCUUCGACGUCAUGGACCGUUACGGCAUCCCUCAGGAUGUCGUUGUCGUCAACUCCCUCCUCAGCGCCAUCUGCCGUGAGGACGGCCGCAUGGCCGACGCCGCCGAUUUCUUCGACCGCGUCAAGGCCACCGUUGCCCCGGACGCCGACACCUUCGCCAUCCUCCUUGAGGGCUGGGAAAAAGAGGGCAACGUCACCCGCGCCAAAAAUACCUUCGGCGAGAUGGUGAUCCGCGUCGGCUGGAACGCCAAGAACAUGUCUGCCUACGACGCUUUCCUCAUCACCCUCGUCCGCGGUUCCCAACCCGAUGAGGCCGUCAAGUUCCUCAAGGUGAUGAAGGGCAAAAACUGCCUGCCUGGGCUCAAGUUCUUCGGCAAUGCCCUCCACAUCCUCAUCCAGCAGAACGAUCACGUCCACGCCCUCGCUCUGUGGAACAUAAUGGUCACCGACAGUGGCCUCAUCCCCAGUCUCUCCAUGUGCAAUUCGAUGAUCACUCUUCUCUGCAACAAUGGCAACCUUGACGCUGCCUAUCGCUUACUCGAUGAAAUGCCAUACUAUGGGGUCUUCCCUGACCCCUUAACUUAUAACACCAUCUUUGAUUGUAUGAUUAGGAACAAGAGGGCCCGUGAAGCAGAGUCAUUCUUCACAGAGAUGCGGAAGAAUGAGCAGCUGCCGUCUCCCAAAAAUUGUGCAGCUGCCAUUAGAAUGUUCUUCGACCAGUACAACCCAUCUGCAGCUGUGGAGGUGUGGGGUUUUGUGACGGAGGUGUUUGUCUCACUGGACAACGAGUGUGCCAAUGAGCUGCUCCUCGGGUUCCGAGAACUUGGGCGGUUGAGCGAGUUGAGAAGGUAUGCUGAUGAAAUGCUUGACAGGGGCGUAGAAUUGCGGGCAUCCACUGUGGAGAAGUUGAAGACUGCCUUUUACAAGGCUGGACGGCAGGAUGCUUAUGAUCGGAUUCUGAGGAGGUUAAAGCAGCAUUAGGAUAUCUAGAAUGGUGGUUGGACGGAACAGGGGAUUUCAUUUUGCUGCAAGACCCAUCAUAAGUUCGAUUGAGGGGCUUGGCUGCUUUAAUCAUUCCUGAAGCAUCAAGAGGUCUAUCUACAUAGAUUUGAUACUUCCAUGACUUACAUAUUAGUGGAUAGCAUAUUAUUUCACAAAGCUUCCAUGACAGUAAACACUAUGUUUCUAUUUCUCUUGUUCAUAUAUAUUAGAUGCUGAAAACUCAUGAUUGGGGUCGGCUAGAUUACAUGACUUCCAUGACUUAAUUCACAAAGCUUCCAGGACAGUAAACAUUAUAUUUCUAUUUUAUCUUGUUCAUAUAUAUUACAUGCAGAAUACUCCUCAAAUUUUUAUCCCAUUCUGCAUAGUGUGUUUUCUUGCAGGUUUUGUCUGUUUUAUUGAGCCUACUUGGUUCAGUUUCCUUUUCUUUCUAUUUCUUUAAUACUUUUCUAUCUUUUUGUGUGUGUAAUUACACAAAUGAUAUUUAAUAUGAUUCUAUAAUCUAUUUA